AUGUUCACCUCCGCCCGAAGAGGCUUCUCCAUCGAGGCGCUCGUGGGCACCCCCUCUGAGCCACUGGUGCGCUCUGCGACCGCCAGGGCCUGCGCUUCGGUCGCCUGGACUGCCGCUCGCCUGCUAGUCCCCGAGCCUCCGGCUGCCCCGGACCGAAGGACCAGUGGUCGCCUAGGUACCGCCCCACCCGGUCCCCGGGACCCGUGCAGUUGUUGCCCUUGGCUUCUCCGAAGCCGCUUGUGGACGCCGAGCUUCCCGGAAGUUCAUUCUGCUGAGAGCUUGAUGCUUUGUGGGCCUUUUACCCGAAAACCCAAAAGGAUCCGGACAGCUUUUUCACCAUCCCAGCUCCUGCGACUAGAAAGAGCCUUUGAGAAAAAUCACUAUGUAGUAGGAGCAGAGAGGAAGCAGCUUGCAAACAGCUUGUGUCUAACGGAAACUCAGGUAAAAGUAUGGUUCCAAAAUCGUCGAACAAAACACAAAAGGCAGAAGAUGGAUGAGGAAUGCCCAACAGCCGAGGAGAAGAGGAAGAGUGGACAGCUCAUGAGUCAGUGGCAGGUGGCUGCUAGGCAGGGCACUGAUGAGGACAUUGAUGUGACAUCAGAGGAUUAG